AUGCCUUUUUCGUUUUUUGUAGAUAUUAAGGACGCCACAGCUUCUCUUCCCAUGGUAAGUUAUGUCACGUUGCUUUCUUUUGAUUUUGAGUGCCUUCAGGCCUUGCUGCUGUUCGUUCAUACGCACAGUUUGGUGGCCAGUUUUCUUACAAACAAGUGUCACACUUUGGAUUGUCAGUUGUCUAAAAUUACUGAGGCUAAGGGUCGAUUUAAUUCAACUUUUACAAGUGUAAUUUACAAGUGUAGCUAUUGUUGUAGGGACUGAAAACAAAAGCUAUAAUUGUAAAUUACACUUGUGAAAGUUUUAUUAAAUUGACCCCAGGUUGUAUGAAUUUUGACUGUUGAGGAUUUCGCCUCUUUAGAUUUUUAAACCUUCUCUGAACUUAAGUCUUAAAAGAAAGGCUUUGUUUCUAAUUGGCCACUUCCGAAACGAGAUGGGAACUGGAGCCGAAAUGCGAUCGAAAUGGGAUCGUUACUGGGCAUGCGCCGGUCGCCGGUCAGCCAUUGGCCAAUUUUUUCCCUGUCCCUAGUGACAGUCCCAGAGGUCUUUGCGAAAGUUAACUCGUUCAUACGUACAGUUUGGUGGCUCAAAAACGAGAUGGGAACUGGACAUGAAAUGCGUCCCGUAAUUUGUUUCUGGGACCGUUACUGAGCAUGCGCCAGUCGCCGGUCAGCCAUUGGCCAAUUUUUUUCCCCGUCCCUAGGGACAGUCCCAGAGGUCUUUGCGAAAGUUAACUCGUUCAUACGUACAGUUUGGUGGCUCAAAAACGAGAUGGGAACUGGACAUGAAAUACGUCCCGUAAUUGUUUCUGGGAUCGUUACUGAGCAUGCGCAGGUCGCCGGUCAGCUAUUGGUCAAUUUUUUUCCCUGUCCCUAGUGACAGUCCCAGAAGUCUUUGUGAAACUUAACUCGUCCCAGAUUCCCCCUCGUUUCCAAAGUGGCAAAUGGCUCCGGUUACUUCGCCAUUGGGCUUUUCUGCUUUCCGUUGAUCCAAAACCAGGUCGUGCCAUAGAUCUUGCUUACUAUUGGAGGACAAGUUAGCUCUUAUCCUGGAAUAACUGCAAACAGAGCAAAUGUGUUGUCCAACUUCGUUCCCAGGUUCCUUUCUCCUCCUCCUUCAAGAAGGGAGCCUGGGAACUAGGUUGUUUAAUUGUCGUGGUAACUAGCCCAGUGUCUGGGCAUAGUUGAUACAGUGGAAUGAUUAUGAAGCCCGUUAGACUCCUUUGUUAUAUGUAUUGUAAGCUUUUUUGGACCUGACCGUGUACAACUUUCAAUAUCAUUUUAGUAAGUCACAAUCUCUGAACAAAAAAAGUAUCGUGCACGGUCAGGGAGCGUCCAACAUUUCGUCUUUGAUGUUUGCCGGCUUUCAUAACCAGUAGUCCUCUACUAACUAUGGUCUGGGGUUAUCAUCAUUGUAACUCGGCCCUGCUUUCAAAUACCAAUCGAACACCCCUUUCCGACUGAAGCGAAAGUUUUAUUUUAUCUGUAUUUCAGGACUUGGCGAAUGUUCCUCUUUUGUCUUAUGACCCUUUGCCACCUCGCGAUUCGUUUGCAGGGUAUAUGCGACCACGAAGGUAAGAGGAAAAUUUGUUUAUUUUUAUUACGCCCUUGAAUGAGUGUUAGGCGGAUUUAGCAAAGUCAACGCAACUUUUAUUAAGGACUUAAACGCCUUAGCACGAAUUGCUUGUUACGGGUUAUUGGCUACAACUUCGUUCCCAUGGUUCUCCCUUAUUCAGCCUUACCUCGCGCUCCGUGAGCCGAUUAGGAGAGGACCCUGGGAAUGAAAAUGUAUUGGCUUAUGCCGAACUUGCUGAAAGCGAUUUUCGGUGCUCUGUUUGCCCCUCUGCCACUGGUCAAGUGGUCAAGUGGGUUUUUAGAUCUGUGCGCGCCGUCGUCGUCUUUUCUAAAUCCGCCUUUUCCCAUCUUAAAAAGCGCGAGAUUAAACGAUUUUUUUUUUAACUGUUCUUUCAGAAACCUACCUCGUGAAGAAGAACAUGGCGGUGCUUUGUCUAUGUUUUUCCGCUCGCUUCUCCCUUCUUUUUACUCCCAGACUGCUGACGGACAACGCGAACGUUUAGAAAUGAGGCUUGAACAGCCCGUGGAAGGAGCAGAGGGAGGGCCCAGGCCUUUACGAGAUACAGAGCUCGCGCGGGGCGUGGAAAAUCUGAUGGUUGCUAUGAGAGAACUGCUUAAUACUCUAAGUUAUCGCGGACAGCCCGAGGGUGAACAGGGGGAUGAUGCGGGAGAAAAUGAAGAGGAAUGGGAAGAAGGACAAGAAGAUCACUAA